AUGGUCUUCUUCCCCAGCCUUGCCCCUCUGUGCCCCUGCCUGCAGAGAACUGAAUGCGUAUAUGACUACGUUGAGGUCUUUGAUGGGAACCUAUCAUCAAUUUCCCUUGGAAGAUAUUGUUCUGGUUCCUUCCGAACAUUUGCUUCAUCUUUACAUACCCUUACGGUGGUAUUUCACAGUGAUAGUAGCAUAAUAGACAGGGGCUUUAAUGCCAUCUACUCAACAAGUUAUAGGCCAUAUGAUUUCAGACUCCGAUUGAUGAAUGGAAACCAUAGAUGUGAAGGUCGUGUUGAAGUCAGCAGUUUGUCUACAUGGGGGACUGUUUGUGAUGACAUGUGGAACCUAAAUGAUGCAGAUGUGGUAUGCAGACAGCUUGGUUGUGGGAGAGCUAUCUCAGCUCCACAAUCUGCAUAUUUUGGUCAAGGCUUUGGUCUUAUUUUCCUGGAUGAUGUUAAUUGUAGUGGGAGUGAACCCUAUCUUUGGGCAUGCCCUCACCGUGCUUGGGGAGUCCACAACUGUGCCCACAAUGAAGACGCCAGUGUCAUCUGUUCAGAUAUCUUUCCCAAUGAAGGUUCCUUGCGACUAGUGAAUGGAGCCAACAGAUGCCAAGGUCGCGUUGAAGUAUAUCAUGAUGACGAGUGGGGAACAGUCUGUGAUGAUGGCUGGAGCAUUAAUGAUGCACGAGUUGUGUGUCAACAGCUUGGAUGUGGAGGGGCGCUAUCAGCACAUCAAAGUGCCUAUUUUGGUCCUGGUUCAGUACCCAUUGUGUUAGAUGACGUUGACUGCAGAGGGAAUGAAUCUUCCUUGUCUCAGUGCCCUCACUCGUCUUGGGGUACUCAUAACUGUGGUCAUGGGGAAGAUGCUGGUGUCACCUGUGAAGGUUCCUUGCGACUAGUGAAUGGAGCCAACAGAUGCCAAGGUCGCGUUGAAGUAUAUCAUGAUGACGAGUGGGGAACAGUCUGUGAUGAUGGCUGGAGCAUUAAUGAUGCACGAGUUGUGUGCCAACAGCUUGGAUGUGGAUGGGCGCUAUCAGCACAUCAAAACGCCUAUUUUGGUCCUGGUUCAGUACCCAUUGUGUUAGAUGACGUUGACUGCAGAGGGAAUGAAUCUUCCUUGUCUCAGUGCCCUCACGCGUCUUGGGGUACACAUAACUGCAAUCAUGGGGAAGAUGCUGGUGUCAUCUGUGAAGGUAUGACUACACAACACCCAUUUGUUUUGAAUGUUCCCAAUGAAGGUUCCUUGCGACUAGUGAAUGGAGCCAACAGAUGCCAAGGUCGCGUUGAAGUAUAUUAUGAUGACGAGUGGGGAACAGUCUGUGAUGAUGGCUGGAACAUGAACGAUGCACAAGUUGUGUGCCAACAGCUUGGAUGUGGAGGGGCGCUAUCAGCACAUCAAAGUGCCUAUUUUGGUCCUGGUUCAGUACCCAUUGUGUUAGAUGACGUUGACUGCAGAGGGAAUGAAUCUUCCUUGUCUCAGUGCCCUCACGCGUCUUGGGGUACACAUAACUGUGGUCAUGGGGAAGAUGCUGGUGUCACCUGUGAAGUUCCCAACGAAGGUUCCUUGCGACUAGUGAAUGGAGCCAACAGAUGCCAAGGUCGCGUUGAAGUAUAUCAUGAUGAGUGGGGAACAGUCUGUGAUGAUGGCUGGAGCAUGAAUGAUGCACGAGUUGUGUGCCAACAGCUUGGUUGUGGAUCGGCGCUAUCAGCACAUCAAAACGCCUAUUUUGGUCCUGGUUCAGGAUCCAUUGUGUUAGAUGAUGUUAACUGCAGAGGGAAUGAACCGUCCUUGUCUCAGUGCCCUCACUCAUCUUGGGGUGCACAUAACUGCAAUCACAGGGAAGAUGCUGGGGUCACCUGUGAAGUUUCCAAUGAGGGUUUUUUGCGACUAGUGAAUGGGGCCAACAGAUGCCAAGGUCGCGUUGAAGUAUAUCAUGAUCACAUGUGGGGAACAGUCUGUGAUGAUGGCUGGAGCAUGAACGAUGCACAGGUUGUGUGCCGACAGACUGGAUGUGGAUCGGCGAUAUCAGCACUUCAAAAUGCCUAUUUUGGUCCUGGUUCAGGACCUAUUAUGUUAGAUGAUGUUAACUGCAGAGGGAAUGAACCUUCCUUGUCUCAGUGCCCUCAUGCGUCUUGGGGUACACAUAACUGUGGUCAUGGGGAAGAUGCUGGUGUCACCUGUGAAGGUAUGGCUACACAACACCCAUUUGUCUUAACACUUCGAAAACAGCCCGUAUGCAUAUGGAACCACAAAACACAACCUGCCCUCAACCCACUAAACCCUAUGUACCACCGUGACUUGGCCAAAGUUAAGCUAAAGGGAAAGGGUGGGCGGGACAAGCGUGCAGGCAAACAGGGCCAGCCCGAGCAGGUCCUCCCUUUAAAUACCUGCCCGGCGGACCAGACGGAACGCCCUGCUCCUCAGAUAGACACAUCAGCAUCUUCCACAACGCUCUCAUGUUCUGGAGGAUUCAUGCAUGUACGCAUCAGCAGAGACUACAUCCAGACAUUGGGCUACAGUGCAUGGGAUUUGCAUCUGAAUCAAUCAGACUCUUCCUGUACACGUGAAAUUACUUCAGACUACAUUAACUUCAAGAUACCAUUCUAUGGUUGUGGCACAGUAAGACAAGAGAAGGGUAAUGACACUAUAAUCUACUCCAAUGUAAUCAGGACAUCCGCCUCUGGUUAUAUCAUUACAAGGGACCCAGACUUCGAAUAUCAUGUUUUAUGUGAAAUGAAUAAGGAUGUUGUGGUUGAGACAGAGUUUGUUGCCAGAAAUCCCAUUGACAUCACUAAAGGACAGCAAGGAAAUUACAACGUUAAUAUGCGAUUCUUUAAAUCAUCAAUGUUUCGCAGUCCAGUCCAGAGCUAUCCAUACAUGGUUCAGCUCAAGCAGAAUUUAUUUGUUGAAGUCGUUCUAAACACUUCUGAUCCGCUCUUGCAACUAUCUCUUGACACAUGUGUGGCAUCUCCAUCACACAGUGACUUCGAAACCUUGACCUAUAACUUGAUGAGGCAUAGCUUUGCAGAUAAUAUGGUGAAAAUGGAUUCCAUGCUGAGUUUUACUUGGUUAUUACUGUUGCAUGGAGGAUGUCUAUAUGCAUCAGAUGUUCCAUUGAGACUGGUCAAUGGAUCAAGCACAUGUGAAGGUCGACUUGAAGUGUCUCACAGAGGAAAUUGGGGGACAGUCUGUGAUGAUGCUUGGGAUAUAAACGAUGCACAUGUGGUAUGCAGACAGCUUAAAUGUGGACCAGCUCUCUCUGCAGAAGUCGGUGCCCAUUUUGGCCAAGGCUCAGGCAAUAUUCUCAUGGAUGAUGUCAAUUGCACAGGGAAUGAAUUGGCUUUUGGGCAAUGCUCACACCGUGGAUGGGAAGUCCAUAACUGUGGUCCUAGAGAAGCUGCUGGUGUUAGGUGCUCAGGUAACACAGGACCGAAAGAUUCUGAAACUCCUUUGCGAUUGGUUAACGGAUCCAACAGAUGUGAAGGUCGCCUUGAGGUAUACCAUGGCGGCCACUGGGGAACAGUUUGUGAUGAUUCCUGGGACAUGAUCGAUGCACGGGUUGUAUGCAGACAGUUGGGAUGUGGACCAGCAGUGUCAGCACCUGGAAAUGCCCGCUUUGGUCAAGGCACAAGCAAUAUUUCCCUGGAUGAAGUUCAGUGCAGAGGAACUGAAGACUCUCUGCGUGACUGCAAUCAUGCGCCUUGGGGCACACAUAACUGUGCUCAUAGCGAAGAUGCUGGUGUGGUGUGUACAGGUAAUUCCUACAGUGCUGCAACUUUGUGAAUUGAAUGGCAUUAUGAGUCUUUCUGCAAUUCGUUACAAAAGAGAGUACAAAAUAAAAUGCUGCGGCUAGUUAAUGGAGCCAACAAAUGCCAAGGUCGCCUUGAGGUAUAUCAUACUGGCACAUGGGGAACAGUCUGUGACGAUGGCUGGGGCAUGAGAGAAGCCCAGGUUGUAUGCAAACAGCUUGGAUGUGGACCAGCAGUGUCAGCACCUGGAAAUGCCCCCUUUGGUCAAGGCACAGGCAAUAUUUCCCUGGAUGAAGUUCAGUGCAGAGGAACUGAAGACUCUCUGCGUGACUGCAAUCAUGCGCCUUGGGGCACACACAACUGUGCUCAUAGCGAAGAUGCUGGUGUGGUGUGUACAGGUAAUUCCUACAGAACUGCAACUUUGUGAAUUGAAUGGCAUUAUGACCCCCAGUUUCAUACUGAAGUUGGCUUGGCUUUGCGAUUGGUUAACGGAUCCAACAGAUGUGAAGGUCGCCUUGAGGUAUACCAUGGCGGCCACUGGGGAACAGUUUGUGAUGAUUCCUGGGACAUGACCGAUGCACGGGUUGUAUGCAGACAGUUGGGAUGUGGACCAGCAGUGUCAGCACCUGGAAAUGCCCGCUUUGGUCAAGGCACAAGCAAUAUUUCCCUGGAUGAAGUUCAGUGCAGAGGAACUGAAGACUCUCUACGUGACUGCAAUCAUGCGCCUUGGGGCACACAUAACUGUGCUCAUAGCGAAGAUGCUGGUGUGGUGUGUACAGAAACUCCUUUGCGAUUGGUUAAUGGAUCUAACAGAUGUGAAGGUCGUCUUGAAGUAUACCAUGGUGGCAGAUGGGGAACAGUUUGUGAUGAUUCCUGGGACAUGAAUGAUGCACAGGUUGUAUGCAAACAGUUGGGAUGUGGACCAGCCAUGUCAGCACCUGGAAAUGCCCUCUUUGGUCAAGGCUCCGGCCCUAUUUCCCUGGAUGAUGUCGAGUGCAAUGGAUCUGAAGGCUUUCUUGGUCAGUGCAAUCACGAGCCUUGGGGCAGACACAACUGUGAGCAUAGUGAAGAUGCCGGGGUCAUCUGCUCAGGCCACUUUGAGAAAAUCAAGAAUCCUGUUUUGAAAGAAGAUUUUCUUCUUUUAUAUUUCCCAAAAGAAAUGCUGCGGCUAGUUAAUGGAGCCAACAAAUGCCAAGGUCGCCUUGAGGUAUAUCAUACUGGCACAUGGGGAACAGUCUGUGACGAUGGCUGGGGCAUGAGAGAAGCCCAGGUUGUAUGCAAACAGCUUGGAUGUGGACCAGCAGUGUCAGCACCUGGAAAUGCCCCCUUUGGUCAAGGCACAGGCAAUAUUUCCCUGGAUGAAGUUCAGUGCAGAGGAACUGAAGACUCUCUGCGUGACUGCAAUCAUGCGCCUUGGGGCACACACAACUGUGCUCAUAGCGAAGAUGCUGGUGUGGUGUGUACAGGUAAUUCCUACAGAACUGCAACUUUGUGAAUUGAAUGGCAUUAUGAAAGCCCCCAGUUUCAUACUGAAGUUGGCUUGGCUUUGCGAUUGGUUAACGGAUCCAACAGAUGUGAAGGUCGCCUUGAGGUAUACCAUGGCGGCCACUGGGGAACAGUUUGUGAUGAUUCCUGGGACAUGACCGAUGCACGGGUUGUAUGCAGACAGUUGGGAUGUGGACCAGCAGUGUCAGCACCUGGAAAUGCCCGCUUUGGUCAAGGCACAGGCAAUAUUUCCCUGGAUGAAGUUCAGUGCAGAGGAACUGAAGACUCUCUGCGUGACUGCAAUCAUGCGCCUUGGGGCACACAUAACUGUGCUCAUAGCGAAGAUGCUGGUGUGGUGUGUACAGGUAAUUCCUACAGACCGUACUUGCGGCUAGUUAAUGGAACCCACCAGUGUGAAGGUCGCCUUGAAGUAUAUCAUGAUGGCAUGUGGGGAACAGUUUGUGAUGAUGGCUGGGCUGUGAAUGAUGCAAAGGUUGUAUGCAGACAGCUUGGAUGUGGACCCGCAAUCUCAGCACCUGGAAGUGCCUUCUUUGGUCGGGGCUCAGACAGUAUUUCCCUGGAUAAUGUUCAGUGUGUUGGGACUGAAAGCUCCCUGGAUCAGUGCAGUCAUGCCCCUUGGGGCACCCACAACUGUGUUCACAGCGAAGAUGCUGGUGUCAUUUGUGAAGGAACUCCCUCAAUAGUGCGACUAACUAAUGGAACCAACAGAUGCCAAGGUCGUGUUGAAAUAUAUCAUGAAGGCAGCUGGGGAACCGUUUGUGAUGAUCACUGGAAUAUUAUCAAUGCACAGGUUGUAUGCAAGGAACUUGGAUGUGGACCGGCGCAAUCAGCACCUGGAGAAGCCCAUUUUGGUCAAGGUUUAGGCCGCAUUACCCUGGAUGAUGUUCAGUGCAAGGGAAGUGAAUCUUCCUUGUCUCGGUGCCCUCAUGCAUCUUGGGGCACACAUAACUGUGGUCAUCAUGAAGAUGCCAGUGUCAUCUGCUCAGAAAAAAAAAUUUCCAAUGCAGCUUCCUUAAGACUAGUCAAUGGAAACAACAGAUGUGAAGGUCGUGUUGAAAUAUACCAUAAUAGCACAUGGGGAACAGUCUGUGAUGAUAACUGGGACAUGAAGGAUGCACAAGUGGUAUGCCAACAGCUUGGAUGUGGAAUGGCAAAAUCAGCACCUGGAAAUGCCCGUUUUGGUCAAGGCACAGGCAAUAUUAGUUUGGAUGAUGUUCAUUGCAAGGGAAAUGAGGCCUUCUUGACUCAGUGCCCUCACGCACAUUGGGGCAGACAUAACUGUGGUCAUCAUGAAGAUGCCGGCGUCAUCUGCUCAGGUGCACAGCAACUGCGUCUUGCAAAUGGAAAGGACCAAUGUGCUGGGAGAGUAGAGGUUUUGUAUAAAGGAGUUUGGGGUACAAUUUGCGAUGACAACUUUGGUAUAAAUGAGGCACGCGUAGUAUGUGAGCAACUUGAUUGUGGAGGCCCAGUGGAGGUGCUGGGAUGGUCUUAUUUUGGAAACGGCUCAGGACCCAUCAUGCUAGAUGAAGUACAGUGUGAAGGGAAUGAAUCCUUCAUAUGGAACUGUUCUCAUUCUGGCUGGUACAAAAAUAAUUGUGAACACAAUGAAGAUAUCGGUGUCAUCUGCUCAGAUAACAUACCGGUAAAACUGCGUCUUGCAAAUGGAUGGGACCGAUGUGCUGGGAGAGUAGAGGUUUUGUAUAAAGGAGUCUGGGGUACAAUUUGCGAUGACAACUUUGGUAUAAAUGAGGCACGCGUAGUAUGUGAGCAACUUGAUUGUGGAGGCCCAGUGGAGGUGCUGGGAUGGUCUUAUUUUGGAAAAGGCUCAGGACCCAUCAUGCUAGAUGAAGUACAGUGUGAAGGGAAUGAAUCCUUCAUAUGGAACUGUUCUCAUUCUGGCUGGAACGAAAAUAAUUGUGAGCACAAUGAAGAUAUCGGUGUCAUCUGCUCAGCAUCUGAAGCAUCGGAAAGCCGUUCAUACAUAAGACUAGCCGAUGGAAAGGGGAACUGUGAAGGCCGCGUUGAAGUCUAUCACAAUGGAAGCUGGGGAACAGUCUGUGAUGAUUCUUGGGACAUGCAAGAUGCCCAGGUUGUAUGCAGACAGCUUAACUGUGGAGAGGCCCUUUCCGCUCCUGGAGACGCCAAGUAUGGUACAGGCUCAGGUCAAAUUCUCCUGGAUGAAGUGCAGUGCCAAGGAAACGAAACAGCCCUAGAAGAGUGCUCGCACAACGGAUGGGGAGUCCAGGAUUGUAAACACAAGGAAGAUGCCGGUGUCCACUGUACAGGUAUGCUCCGUUCAUACAUAAGACUAGCCGAUGGAAAGGGGAACUGUGAAGGACGCGUUGAAGUCUAUCACAAUGGAAGCUGGGGAACAGUCUGUGAUGAUUCUUGGGACAUGCAAGAUGCCCAGGUUGUAUGCAGACAGCUUAACUGUGGAGAGGCCCUUUCCGCUCCUGGAGACGCCAAGUAUGGUGCAGGCUCAGGUCAAAUUCUCCUGGAUGAAGUGCAGUGCCAAGGAAACGAAACAGCCCUAGAAGAGUGCUCGCACAACGGAUGGGGAGUCCAGGAUUGUAAACACAAGGAAGAUGCCGGUGUCCACUGUACAGGUAUCCGUUCAUACAUAAGACUAGCCGAUGGAAAGGGGAACUGUGAAGGACGCGUUGAAGUCUAUCACAAUGGAAGCUGGGGAACAGUCUGUGAUGAUUCUUGGGACAUGCAAGAUGCCCAGGUUGUAUGCAGACAGCUUAACUGUGGAGAGGCCCUUUCCGCUCCUGGAGACGCCAAGUAUGGUACAGGCUCAGGUCAAAUUCUCCUGGAUGAAGUGCAGUGCCAAGGAAACGAAACAGCCCUAGAAGAUUGCUCGCACAACGGAUGGGGAGUCCAGGAUUGUAAACACAAGGAAGAUGCCGGUGUCCACUGUACAGGUAUCCAUUCAUACAUAAGACUAGCUGAUGGAAAGGGGAACUGUGAAGGCCGCGUUGAAGUCUAUCACAAUGGAAGUUGGGGAACAGUCUGUGAUGAUUCUUGGGACAUGCAAGAUGCCCAGGUUGUAUGCAGACAGCUUAACUGUGGAGAGGCCCUUUCCGCUCCUGGAGACGCCAAGUAUGGUGCAGGCUCAGGUCAAAUUCUCCUGGAUGAAGUGCAGUGCCAAGGAAACGAAACAGCCCUAGAAGAGUGCUCGCACAACGGAUGGGGAGUCCAGGAUUGUAAACACAAGGAAGAUGCCGGUGUCCACUGUACAGGUAUGCUCCGUUCAUAUGUAAGACUAGCCGAUGGAAAGGGGAACUGUGAAGGCCGCGUUGAAGUCUAUCACAAUGGAAGCUGGGGAACAGUCUGUGAUGAUUCUUGGGACAUGCAAGAUGCCCAGGUUGUAUGCAGACAGCUUAACUGUGGAGAGGCCCUUUCCGCUCCUAGAGACGCCAAGUAUGGUGCAGGCUCAGGUCAAAUUCUCCUGGAUGAAGUGCAGUGCCAAGGAAACGAAACAGCCCUUGAAGAGUGCUCGCACAACGGAUGGGGAGUCCAGGAUUGUAAACACAAGGAAGAUGCCGGUGUCCACUGUACAGCAUCUGAAGCAUCGGAAAGCCGUUCAUACAUAAGACUAGCUGAUGGAAAGGGGAACUGUGAAGGCCGCGUUGAAGUCUAUCACAAUGGAAGCUGGGGAACAGUCUGUGAUGAUUCUUGGGACAUGCAAGAUCCCCAGGUUGUAUGCAGACAGCUUAACUGUGGAGAGGCCCUUUCCGCUCCUGGAGACGCCAAGUAUGGUGCAGGCUCAGGUCAAAUUCUCCUGGAUGAAGUGCAGUGCCAAGGAAACGAAACAGCCCUAGAAGAGUGCUCGCACAACGGAUGGGGAGUCCAGGAUUGUAAACACAAGGAAGAUGCCGGUGUCCACUGUACAGCACCAACACCUUUACCUGAAACGAAAAUGACCAUUACUUCUGCCGCCUUAGUUACUACCUCAACACAGACUACAGCAGCUCCUGCAGUUACUCCUGAAGCAUCUUCAGAUUCAGAUCCUGUUACAUUGACAUGUUCGCCGGAAAAAAUGGUGGCAGUUAUCAGCAAACCAUAUAUUCAUUCAAAAGGCUGUGAUCCAACACAUUUGUUCGUGAAUAACCAACAAGCCAGGUAUCAGGUGAAACAAAACGAUGUUGUAAUCACAAUGUUAUAUAAAGCCCAUGGGACAAAAACAGAGAGAACUGGGAAUGUUGUCAGCUACUUGAACACAGUCAGCUGCUCUGGAAUGAGUGGUGGAACGAUGAGAACUGUUCAGAUUCGCUUUAUCUGCAAAAUGAACCAGCAGACAACAAAAGAAGAAACACACAUGGUUGAUGAGUCUGACUCCACAGGAAAGGACCCAAUGCCAAAUGGACAAUUGAGAAUGAUUCUUGAGUUCUACUCGCAGCCAUUUUCACACCAAACUCAUAACAUGCCUCGCUUUAUUAGUAUGGAUCAGAAUGCAGAUAUACUCCGAGUCACUAUCACUCUCUGUUCUAAAUAUAUGGUAUUACUCUUAAAAGAUUGGAUUGCUUCUCCUGAUUCUAACUUCAGAACUAAUGUACAUGAAAUUACAGUCAAUGGGUGUGCACGGAAAACUGAGUGUGGUGGAAUCCUGAGUACGCCUUACAAAGCACUGCCAAUUGAAGUUAAUGCAAAUGAGAACUGCAUAUGGCAUAUAGAGAAAGAUGUGGAUCAAAAUAUCCGACUGAUCUUCUCUUAUUUCCAAUUUAAUCCCUCGUCAACCUGUGACAGAGAAAAUAUUGUAAUAUAUGAUGGUGCUUCAACUAACUCAUCUUUUCUUGGACAAAUAUGCAAUAGCCAUGAGUCUGUUCCUGUAUUUGAGUCAUCGUCGAAUGCUUUAACAUUUCGCUUAUCAACAGACUCCAUAGCUUUCAAAAGGACUGUCUUUGCAUUUUAUUAUUUCAUCUCACCUGAAUCAGCCCCAAUUGAAAACUGUGGAGGUAGACUUUACGGCCCAGAUGGCUCAUUCACCAGCCCUAACUAUCCAAGCUCACACCCACCAUUUGCCUAUUGUGUCUGGCACAUACAGACAGAAGCAAAUACAAGGAUAAAUUUAACAUUCAAUGAAAUUUUCCUAGAAAUGGAUGAAAACUGCAGAUUUGACUUCAUCGCCAUCUAUGAUGGUCCAGUGACCAACUCUGGUUUAAUCAAACAAGUAUGCGGCCUUGUCAAGCCAACACUUGAGUCUUCUUCCAAUUUUAUGACUGUGGUGCUGUCUACAGAUUAUGCCAAUUCUUACAGGGGCUUUUCUGCUCACUACACAAGUAUACCAAUACCAACACCGCAGCCCAACACAUCCCUCACAUGUUCUUCAGACAUGAUCACAGUCAUUCUCAGCAAGUCUUACUUGGAUUCACUUGGCUAUAAUGAAAAUGACUUGGCGCUGAACGAUCCAAAUUGCAGACCUAAUGCUUCAAACCCAGUGACGUUUUCAAUUCCUUUCAACAGCUGUGGAACAAUUAAAGAGAGCCUAAAUCACACCAUUUCUUAUACCAACACCAUCACAGCCUCCCCAGAAGGUGAUGUGAUCACCCACCAAAAGGGCGUGGAGAUUAUUGUGAAAUGUAUAAUGGAAAACAAUUCAACUGUAGAAGUCAUGUACAUAACAGAAAAGGAUGUUGUGGAGAACACAGGUGCUCUGGGUAGAUACAGCCUCAGCAUGUCUUUCUAUGAGUCUGAUUCAUUCUCCACACCCAUUCUCGAUUCUCCAUACUACGUAGACUUGAACCAAACUCUCUAUGUGCAAGUCAGUCUGCAUUCCAGUGACGCUGAUUUGUUAGUGUUUGUGGACACAUGCAUAGCAUCACCAAACCCUGAUUUUGGAUCACCAAACUACGAUUUAGUCAGAAGUGGCUGUGCCAAAGAUAACUCAUACGUGGCCUACCCAGUCCUUGACCAUUAUGGGAGGUUCAGCUUCAGUUCCUUCAAAUUCCUGCGGAGCCAUCCAUCUGUUUACAUCCACUGCGAAAUUUUAAUUUGUGACAGCGCCGAUGGGAAUUCUCGCUGCACUAAAAACUGCAUCUCUCGCCGUAAGAGAGAGAUUUCUUCCUACAAAUGGAAAGGAGAUGCUAUGGUGGGACCUCUCAGACUGAAAAGAGAUCACAGUUCUGUGGAUCGCUCAGGUUCUUCUGCUCAGGUAUAUCCUGAAAAAAGCCAGGAUGGGCAGGCAAAGGGCCUAUAUAUCCUUGCCUCUCUUGCGUUGGUUGCAAAUACUGUCCUUCUGGCUGGUCUGGCAGCAAAGCAUUUCAUCAGUCGGCAACAAGGAUACAGAUAUCAGAAACUGCAAAGCUAUUAA